GGCUGUUUGGGAAAUGGGCGGGGCCUUAAGUUGCGCAUUUAUGGUUUCUCGCUUUCAUGGAAAGAUGAUUCUGUGGUUGUAUUUUAUCUGAUUCGUAAACUACGGACAUGAUGGAUCAGUUAUAUUCAGGUCUUUAUAUGUAAAAUAUGGAUCGUGAGGCAGGAGAGGACUCGUUUACGUAUGAAAGCGUGGGAACUCUCAGCCGCUGGAGGAAAUUUCUUUGUGGUCCUCGGAAUCUCACGCUCAAAGUUGUUUUUACAUGGCAGCUCUUCAAAACUAUUGUAAUGGGUCAGGCCCUGUCCAUGCUGAUAUGUGGGACGGCAGUUACAUGUCAGUAUCUGGCAGAUGAUGGGGUAGAGACGCCAAUGCUGCAAAGCUUUCUCAAUUACACCUUGCUGCUGCUCACCUAUACUUUAGCCUUAGCCUUCAGGAGAGGUGAAAGUAAUAUUGUUCAAAUUUUAAAAACAAAGUGGUGGAAGUAUUUUCUGAUGGCUUUUACGGAUGUGCAAGCCAACUACACUGUUGUAAAGGCAUACCAGUUCACUACGCUUACAAGUAUACAGCUGCUGGACUGUUUUGUUAUCCCGGUUUUGAUGGUGCUCUCGUGGAUCUUCUUGAAGACUCGCUACAGACCAUUGCAUUUUGUAGCUGUGGCCGUGUGCUUGUUUGGGGUCGGGGCGAUGGUGGGAGCAGAUCUGCUGGCGGGGAGAGACCAAGGCUCAAGUAGUCAUGUGUUGUUGGGGGAUGGGCUUGUGUUGAUCAGUGCUGCUCUGUAUGCAGUGUCUAACGUCUGUCAGGAAUACACAGUGAAAAACCUAAGCAGGGUGGAGUUCUUGGGCAUGAUGGGGCUCUUUGGGACCCUCAUCAGCGGUGUGCAAAUGGCUAUACUUGAAUCCAAAGCUAUACCUGUCACCAGCUGGAACUGGAGAAUAAGCCUGCUCUUUGUUGCGUAUACUCUGUGCAUGUAUGGGCUGUACAGUUUCAUGCCUGUCGUAGUGAAGAUGACCAGCGCCACUGCUGUAAACCUCUCGCUGCUGACUGCUGACCUCUUCAGCCUCUUCUGUGGUAUUUUCCUUUUUCACUACAAGUUCACAGGUCUGUAUAUCGUGUCUUUUGUGGUGAUCACACUUGGUUUUACCAUGUUCAACGUCGUACCGACCUACACUCGCGGUCAGUCGUUUUCCACUAAUGAUGAGGUGUAUCACCUUGCUUCAUCUGCUGAUGUCCAACAAGAGGGAGCCGUAGAUCAGCUGCAGAAGGAAGGGCAUGAUCUGGAUAGAACAGGGACCAAUCACAAAGCACAUUGCAAUGGGCACUAUUCCCUGACAUAAAGCUCUACAAUGUACAGUAAUGGAUAGAGUUUAUAUUUUUUGCCAAAGGCAGUGUUUAAUUAGUUUUUUAUGGAUUUUAAGUCCACUAAGGUGUGCCUUCAGACUGUAUUUUUAUACACCCCAAUUUGCAUGUUAUUUAAAUCUUCUGAGAUUGAAGUUCAGAUGGUGCAUUCAAACAAGAAAAAAAUAUUUUAGAAAGUAAUGCACUAUGAUUUGAACAGUACUAACUUCUAGUAUUAUUACUUGUAUUAACAUUCUUUAUCUUUGUAUUUUUGAUUUAAUACUUUUUUUUUCUUGCAUUAGAAAAUUAUGAAAAGCUAUGAAACUGUAUUGAAAAAUAACUUUUUUAUAUUCAACUUGUUAGAUUUAUUAUUAGUAUUGCACGUGCUUAUGUAUGUUUAUAUUUUAUGUAUCAUAUGCAUAUUUGGAGUUAUUAUUUAUGACGAUUAAAGUGGUUUGAUGUUU